AUGGCCAAAUCACUACGUGCCAAGUCUCAGUUGAAGGCUAAGUCCGUAAAGAGGAAGAACGAGUUCCAAAAAGCUGCCGAUGCACGUAGUCAGAGGCUGGCUGAGAAGCUACGUGAUGAUCUGGUAAGACAGAAGGUCGAGGAACUAAAGAAGCAGAACAACGGUGCAGAAAUUGACGAAACUACAUUGGAGGCGCUUGAAAACGGCAGUAAACCUGCUCCUGAUGCCAUGGAAGAAGACUCGAAAAAAGUAAGCACAUCGGGGUGGAGAGACGCCAGACAUCACACGUACAAGAAAAACAAGAAGCUUGCAAAGUCGCGCAAGAAGGGUUCUUUCACCAAGUUCUGA